AUGUACUUCCCCGGCUUACGUUUUAAGCAAACGAUAGUCAGCUCAUCUUCACAUGCAAGCACUCAGCAAGAGCGUGACUUUCCGCCAUAUUCACGGCGAAACAAGAGCAGGUUGGGCUGCGGAGAAUGCAAGACGAAGCGAGUCAAAUGCGAUGAGGCCUAUCCGACGUGCGGCCGAUGCCAGCGUCAAGGUCUCUUCUGUUCGUCUGCCCCGCGCUUAACACAAUGGCAAGUGGAGACGCCGUGGCUCUCACUGCAACCUAAAACGGGGGUCAAUCGAAGAUUACUACAGUACUGGGCGGAGAAAGUCAGCCAAGCCUUGGUCAUAGAUCCUGACAACAAUCCAUUCUCUUUCCCCGUUUUGGAAUACAUUGCUCAAUCGUCCGCACUUCUCCACGCUAUUCAGUCAAUAAGUGCCAGUCACGAGCAGUACUUCCCGGACAAGCUCCCCAUUAUGGCCCUUGAGGAACGUGGCAGAGCCAUAUCAUGCCUUCGAAGAGAAAUAAAUCAGAUCCAGCACACACCCUACGCACACUUUGUGACUAUCAUGUUACUGGCUCUGUCGCAAGUUGCCAGUUCCGACCCGAAAGAUUAUGGCCAAGAGCAUUUACUUGGUGCCCGUGCCUUGAUCGACAGUAUGCUUCAAGACACAUCGAUGUCGACGACUAAUGACCCUAUGGUUCGGGUCUGCCUGGGAAUCUAUCUCUACUGGGACAUGUGCAGUUCAUUCCUGGUAGAACCAAGUGAGCCACAUGGUCUUAACUUAUUGAACAUAUCCAUUGCGGUGCACAGGAUGGGAGACUGGCAUCAUCCAAUGUACGGAUCAUGUAGCGGACUACUUCUUAUCAUAGCAAAUGUUGGACGAUACUGUCGACAGAUCCUUGACAUGCCACAGCACCGCAACGUCACGCAAGAAGCCAUCUUGGAGGCCCAGCUUACUACGUGGACGACAAACUCCCCAAACCCUGGUCUGGGCCACUUAUAUGAAGCGUUCCGCAACCACGGGCUUAUUUUCCUUUAUCGAUCCCGUGCGCACGUACUGAAAGGUUGUGUCACAGAUCCACAUGUGGUGGAAGCGCAAGAGUCUUUAAUCCAACAAUACGCUGAAGAGGCAGUCCGCCAUCUGAUGCUAAUCCCUGCAUCCUCGUACUACCUUAAUUUUCAAUCUCUCCCUCUUCUCACAGCCGGGUCCGAAUUAACUGAAUCAAAUCACUUGCUGCGCGAUCAAGUGCGUGGCAGGCUUAAAGCCAUCUACUCUUUGAAUCGCCUUCCCGCAAAUCUACUGGCCUUUCAACUUAUUCAAGAACUCUGGCAUGCACGAGAUAGUGGUCAGCCCGCCUUCUGGCUACCGCACAUGCUUCAGAAGAAUUGGCGGCUGCUUCUAGGGUGA